GGAAGGUGGGGGAGUCGAAGGUCGGUCGUACUUAUAUACAUAUACCUCCAUACAUAACCCCUCCUGGAAAUAGAAUUUAUACAUUUUCACAUACCGAGGUUGUCAAGUGUCACGACCUUAGUAAAACAUCUACAUCUAUUCUGUACAUAUCUCGCAAAAUGUCCAAAUACGACCAGUACGAAGGCUUCCAGGUCGAGUCGCCCACGACCUGGACGACGUUCAAGAAGAACAAGUUCGACACGAAGCCCUUCGGCGACCACGACGUCGAGGUCAAGAUCGAGUGCUGUGGCGUGUGCGCCAGCGACAUCCACACCAUCACCGGCGGUUGGGGCGACCAGAAGUUCCCGCUCGCCGUCGGCCACGAGAUCGUCGGGAAGGCCAUAAGAGUCGGUCCCAAAGUCACCCUGAUCAAGGAGGGCGAACGAGUAGGCGUUGGUGCUCAGUCGUGGUCGUGCUUGGAGUGCCGCCAGUGCAAACACGAUAACGAGACAUACUGUACCCAGCAGGUCGACACCUACGGCGCCGUCUGGCCCGAUACCGGAAUCGUCACCCAGGGCGGGUAUUCCUCGCACGUGAGGACACAUGAGCAUUGGGUCUUCCCCAUCCCAGACGCCAUCCCAAGCCACCUCGCAGCGCCCAUGCUCUGCGCAGGCAUAACCAGCUACAGCCCGCUCGUGCGAAACGGCGCUGGGCCCGGCAAAAAAGUCGCCGUAGUCGGGCUAGGAGGACUCGGGCACUUCGCGGUACUCUUCGCGAAAGCGCUGGGAGCCGAAACAUGGGUGAUCUCGCGAUCGCACAGCAAGGAAGCGGACGCGAAAGCGAUGGGCGCAGACGGGUUCCUCGCGACGGCCGACGCGGACUGGAACAAAGACCACCUGUACACCUUCGACCUGAUCAUCAGCACGGCGAACAACUUCGGCGAGGGCUUCGACCUCAGCGGCUACCUCGCGCUCCUCGACGUCCACGGCCGCUGGGUCAGCGUCGGGCUGCCCGAGGAGGCGGACCUUGUUAUUAAACCCCAGGACCUGCUUGGAAACGGCUGUCUUAUCGGAGCCUCGCAUCUCGGGAGUAGACGGGAGAUGUUGGAGAUGUUGCAGCUGGCGGCGGAUAAGGGCAUUAAGUCGUGGGUCGAGACGGUCCCGCUUAGUGCGGAGAAUUUGGGAAAGACGGUCCAGAGGCUGAGGAAUACGGAUGUUAAGUAUCGGUUUACUAUGGUGGAUUAUGAUAAGGUUUUUGGCGCGUAGGGGGAGGAAGAUGGGAUGGGAAGGGAAAAUAGAAAUGUAGGUAUGUAGGCAGGUAGGCGGGUGUUCGGGUAACAUACUAGGUAGGUAGUAGGUCGGUUGGGUAUAGUCGAAUAGUUAGAUCAUGCAUCUGUUCUGGAGUCCGGGAGAUGCUGUCGCAAUAGAGAAAAUUAUCACGUUUCAUGAUAUUGUUAGUGAUCCCUAAUGGG